AUGGCAGCUCCCAGAUCAUCCUCUUUCAAAGCUCUCCGAAACCUCCAAAGGACCAGCUCUUCGGUCCCGGCAAAACGCAGCCUCCACAUCACUGGGUCGAACUCCUCACCGCAAGCAUACAAUCCCCAACCCAAAACCACCUAUGCUCCCUUAACCCUCUCUGAUCUCCGCAAUGAAUGCCGCAGGCGAAGCAUCCUCUACACCGGCACCAAGCAUGAACUAGUCGACCGGCUAGCAAACCAUGAUAGCAUGCAAAGCCGCGCCUUCAGCAUCGCCAUGCGAAGAUUCGGUUCCACCCAAACACGCAAGGGGCUCGGAUCCAAGAGCCCAGCUGAGAGCCCACCAACCCGGCACUUCAACACCUCCCGACAACUGAAAUCCGUCAAUGACUCCAGCACAAUCGACUUUGCCUACCUGCCCAAACUCUUCGACGGCUCCCUUGACCCCCCCACAGCCGGCAUCCGCGUCCCCAUCCUCCCCCACAUCGACUCAACCGAAGCCCAAGACACACUAGCCCGAAACCCAGACCUCGAUGCCGCCGCCGGCGGCUUCCAGGAACCGGGCGGCGACAGCAGCAGCAGCGACGACAGCAACGUCAUGAAAGCUCAGAUCGUCACGGUGCAGGAAACCAUGGCUGAUGGUGGUGCGCAUGUGGAUUUGGAUCUCGGCUCUCAGGCUAGCCCGAUGAGCGAGGUCGUUGAUAAUCAUGCAGUGGAGCUGGGGAUUGAUCAUCUUACGGAGCUUACGGAAACGGUGGGGAAAUCGGCGCGGAAGAUGGUAGAUCAGGUUGAGGAGUCGGCCAUGAGUAGGAUUUGGAAUGGGUUUCUGGAUGAUGUGUUUGGGGAGAAGAAGGGAAGUGGGUCGAGGUUAGCUUAG